AUGGAGAAGACAUUCAACGACUCGCUUCCUACCGGCGCCCAGCGCGACCAGGACAACCAGCAGCGCGCACAGCAGGGCGAGCCCCAGAUCCCCCAUGCUGCCGGCCGCGAACAGGUCGCUUCCAAGGAUCCCAAAGAAUACGACGUUCGUGGAGGUCCCGGAUCGGAGGGCAACAAGCCUGUUCAAGAGCCCACUAUCUAA